AUGGCCGCGCCCACCACCACCCCGCCCGCCACCGUCGCGACCGAUCCGCCCCAAGACGCCGACGAGCUGCCCAAGACGCCCGAGAAGCUCGCCGAGCUCACCCAGGCCGCCGCGCUGCAGUACUCGCUCAAGAACUUCGCCGCCGCCGCCGACCACUACGCCGACGCCGUCGAGAUCCAGGCCGCCCUCAACGGCGAGAUGGCCCCCGAGAACGCCGAGUUGCUCUUCUACUACGGCCGCGCCCUGUACAAGGUCGCCGUCGCCAAGAGCGACGUGCUCGGCAGCAAGGGCGCCCAGGAGGAUCAGAAGAAGAAGAAGGCCAAGAAGCGCGUCGAGCAAGACGCCGCCGCGCCCGCCAGCGCUGCAGACACACACUCCGCCGCCGCCGCCACAGCCCCCAAGCCGGCGUCGGCCUACUUCCAGCUCACCGGCGACGAGAACUGGGACGACUCCGACGAUGACGACGACGACGAAGCCGACGCCGAGCAGGACGACGACGACGACGACGACUUUGGCAAUGCCUACGAGACCUUCGAGCUGGCCCGCGUCCUCUACCAGAAGCAGCUCGACGCCCCGUCCGCCGCCUCGACAGACAAGGGCAAAGGCCCCGCGACACUAUCUGCCGCCCAGCGCGCCAUCACAGAGAAGAUCGCAGACUGUCACGGUUUCCUCGUCGACAUCUCCCUAGAGAACGAGCGCUUCCACGACGCCGUGGCCGACGCCCGCUCGGCCCUUGCCCUCCAAGAACAGCUGAACCCCUUCGAGCACGAGAACGUCACCGAAUCGCACUACUCGCUUUCCCUUGCCCUAGAGUUUGCCUCAGUGAGCAAAAUCAGAGAGGACCAGGCUGGCGCCGAGCGUCAGCAAGAACCAAACGCUGCCGCAGACGACGACAAGGACGGCAUCAACUGGGACCUCCGCAAUGAGGCCGCAAAGCACACCGAGCUCGCCAUUCAGUCGCUGCAAGCCCGCCUGAAGAAAGAAGCCGCCGCCCUCGCCGGCGCCGCCCUCACCGCCGCCCAGAAAAAAGACAAGGCCGCCAUCAUCGCAGACAAAAAGGGCAUGCUGGAGGAGCUGCAGGGCCGCCUAAAGGACCUCAAGCUCGACCCUACCAAGCAGGAUUACGACUCCAUUGACCCGUCUGUUGUCCAGGGCCUGUUUGGUAGCCUGCUCGGCGCCGACAAGCAGAAGCAGCAGGAGCUGCUCAAGCAGGCCAGCGCAACCGCAAAUGACGUCAGCCAGGUCGUGCGGAAAAAGGCAAAGCCUGCGCCCCCUGCUGCUGCUGCUGCUGCCCCGAAGCCCGCUGCCCCGGGGCAGGCGAGCGGCAAGAGGAAGCUUGCCGUUGAAGACGACUCUGCUGCGAAUGGAAAGCGGAGCAAGACCCAAGAGCCUGCGUGA